CUUGAAAAUCGUCUCCCUGUUUGGUUGGUUUACUUGCAUUUGGUUUCACUUCAGACCAACAAGAACCUCUUGGCCUUUAGAUACAUUGCAGCCACUGUUGGGCUGACAACUCAUUCACUCAUGUUUACUGGUUUCUGAAACAACCCAUCAUAUCAAAACAGGGAUUUUGGCGUGGUCCUAACCGACAGGUGCUACACCCAAGCUAGGUUACCCUAGUGCGUUAAACUCUUAUUUAAAUGUUUUUUUUUUUUUUUUUAAAUAGUCAGAUUUCUUAUUCUCUGUACAGGUUCUCCUAAACACUGUGCUAUUUCUGUGCCAUGUUGUUGACGUCAAUGAAGUCCAUGACACGAUGAGCGAUUUGGAAAUACAGCCAAGUCUGGGACACUUCUGUCUAAGUGCACUGUAAAAAAAAAAAAUUGCAAAGCUGUUCAGACUAUACUGAAUACAGUGAUCUCUGCCGCACUAAACUUCUGGUUCUGUGCCAUGUCGUCAUGAUACAGUUUACGAACUUUGUCUCGUAACUUAUUGCGCUUUGUCAGCCAGGUCUGAGUGGUUCUCAUUACAGGUCCUCUUUGAGGGAUCUCUCCAUAAGAAUGGCCCAAUGGCACCGCUAACAUGGUGCUUUGUAGAUGCAGUGGAGUGCACAUAAAUUCCUCUGGUCUUGCCGCACUCCAGCCGAGAUAAUAGGGCCGCAUCGUUGAUUGCCAGUCACAUCUGUUGGAACAACUUGGGAUGUCUCGCAUUUGUUCAUGCACAUCUGAGGCAGGACACUAUAUCUUUUUGCAGCCCUGAAGAUUUUUUGUGGUGCUAAAGAGUACAAAAACAAUCAGAAACACCUGACUGGACAAAGUAAGCCACAAAAAUAGAAGCUCAUGGUGUUUUUGUGGUUUCUAAUGUAAAAAUAUAUGCAGUGAAAACAUUGUACAGCAAGACUGGAUUUGGUUCAAAUCAGCUGGACUUGGCUAUAAACUGGCGUUCACAACACCAGUAGAAACUGUUAAUGGUCUAUAAAUGUUAAUCAUUUGUGAGAACCCUGGUCUGUUAGCUCAGAACUGUUAGAGGUUACAAGACUGUUGCCUCUCUGUCAGAGGUUUUAAAGUGCUUUACAACAGGGAUGAGCAUUGGUGCGGUUAAAUUCAGUGUUUGACUUUGCUAAGUGGCGUUUAGAGGGUAGGUUUUCACUCAGGAAACAGAUCUAUAAAGAACUUGUCAAUUCAAGACUGUUUGCCUGAUUUUAGGGUGUCAUUUAGGCUAAUGAGCAACUGAUUGAUUUUUAAAUUGGCAUCUAAUGAGCAGAUCUCUGGAGGCGGUACUUCAGAUUUGGCCAAUCAGGUCUUAUUACCGUCACCCUGAUUGUGCUGGAACGUGCUUGUUUUAGGAACAUCAUAGCUCCCUUGUGGCUGGAUUGUCACACUUUAACUUCUUCACAGAUCACACCAAACAAUCAGUGGUUCUCCAAAUGGUGCUCAAACCCAUGCUAUCUUCUAUACAGCCAUAUUUAUCUUUGACUUAACUGUUUCAGGGCUUUCUGAGUCUAGUUUGUCCUUUUGUAAAUUAUAUUUCUACAAACUGUUGUUUAUCAGGGUUAUUUAUCUGUGUGUAUAACCGAAAAUUAGUUAGUUUUUUCCCUGAGUUUUUUGUUUCAGUGAAUUAUUGCGCAAAGAUCGCGCAAUCGCAAAGAGGCUCAGGUGUUUUUUGUUUUUUUAAGGAAAAUAGUAAUAGCAGGACAGCCUGGAGAACGGGAAAGAAGACGUUGGAGGGGGCGCGGGGGAGCGAGAGAUUAUCUGGAAGAAGCGAGCGAGCGUGUUGGAGAGGGAGAGAGAGCUGGAGAGGCAGAAGCUGGAGGAGGAGAGGAGGAACGCUGUUGGAUACACGGUGUGGAGGCUAAGGGAGGGAUUCCAGGAGAGGAAGGAUAGAGAGGAGGAUAGACUCAAAGGGACGAGCACUGAGGGCGCGAAAGCAGCGCAGGCAGAGGUGAUCUGGAAAAGACGAGAGGAAGAGGAGGAGAAAGAUAGGGAUAGAGCUCGGCUUGGCGACAGAGGUCCCAAAAUCAUCUGGAAGAGGAGGGAAAGGGAGUGACAGGAAAAGAUGGGGAUGUGUCACCGCUAAGCACUUUCAGAUGUGUGACAGGACGGGAGGUGGCAGAUUUAGUCUUAUGGUCCAAAUAAACCUGCAUGUACUCAGACUUCAUGUAAUCUAGGUGCUAGAUAGUGUACAUCAGGUCCCCUUUUUAUAAAGUGUAUGAAAUUAAGUGUUAAAUUUAAGUCUGGCCUAUAGUAAAAUCUGUAUAGUAUCAUAUUAACAUAUUUAAACAUACAUGAUGCUUAAAAACUCUUAAAAUAAUUAUUGUUUUUUUUUUGUUGAAGGAAAAAUGUAACUUUAGUUGCACUUUAGCUUCAGAUUUAGCAUAAUAUUUAUAUGCAUUAUUUCAUUUUUACCACAAAAAUAGGAUCGUUUCAGAUAAAAUGAAAAUAAACUGUCCUCCUAGAGGUCAAUGUACGCCUUGUUGUGGAUCCCUGGUGUACAUUUUUUUUAACACCUGGACUAAAUUAAGUCUUUAAACCAAACAUUGAGGAUUAUGUUGAUCUGCGCCAGUCUAAUCAUCACUGAGUGCAGCAGUUUGAAUCAUCAUUAAAUGAUCCACAUUCACUGGAUCAGUACUUUUAGCAUUUUCCAUUCAUCUCUUCCUGCCCUCUUCCUCUCUUGCUCUAUAUCGAUCCGUCUGUCUGACCGAAGCCUCCUUUCUCAAUGUCUCAGCUGCAGCUAAUAGGCUUUUUAUGGGAGUCUGUCAGACAAGAGCUAGAAGAGUGGAGCCUAGCACAUGCAAAGAAAAAUUAACACGCACGUAAACACUCGCAUGCAUAUAAAACCUAAUAGUACUCUUUCACACAUCUACCAAGCCAGAUUGUGUUUGGAGCACUUAUAUAUGACUAUACCAAUAACUUCAUGACAAUCAUACUAUAUUUAGUAAUUCACAGUGUCCUGAGAAGCUCUAUGCAGACUUAAGAUCUGAUGCAAAACCUACACGCAGUGUAUGACAGCAGCUGAAAACUUUUGUACUUUUUUGCAUCCGUCUUUUCAUCUCUUUUCACAUCCUGUUUUUGAUACUCUCCCAGACUGAACAGUCAGCACACUGUCCUCUCUCUUGUGUGAUGAUGAAGGAAUCAGUAGAUGCAGAAAAAAAGACAAGGGAAGACAAGUUACCGAUUGUGAUAGAGCAACGUGGAGAGACAAUUAAGUACAUUUAGUGGACACUGAGACGGCUGAGACACCAAUGGAGCUCGUCCCAAAAACCAAAUACACGCCCUUCAGGAGCGACUCCUUCAGCUCAACAGAUGAGACGGCAUCCAAUCCUUCUCUCCCUUCUUCUGCUCCUCUCACCCCACUCACCCCUCCCGGUAUCCCUUCUUCUCUCUCCUCCUCCUCCCUCACUCCCAUUCUUCCCCCUUCGUCUCCACGGCAGGCUGAAAACAGCCCCACUACCCUCUGCUCCUUCUUCCCUAGGAUGGGAGCCCUGCGGCUGGGUGUGUCUUCCACUCUGCUCCCAAGCCUGAAGGCCUCCAGCAAGCCGGCUAACGUGCCAGGUGGUCAGGGAGGUUUGGGAGAGUCUCCGAAAGACACUGGGACUUCUGCCACCAACUCUUCUCCUCCUCCUCCUUCAUCUCUUUCUCUCCUUUCUCUAACAGCCCCAUCUCCUCCUCCUCGUCCCCCACAGGAUAUGAACCGGCUGGGUGGGGCCUCAAGGCGGGCCCGUGUGGAAGGGGGCCAGCUCGGCGGAGAUGAGUGGACACGGCAAGGCUCCUUCGUCAACAAGCCCACCCGAGGUUGGCUGCACUCGGACAAUGUGGUCAGCACCACUGGGGUCUCCUACACUGUCAGGUAUAUGGGCUGCGUGGAGGUGCUGCAGUCAAUGAGAGCACUGGACUUCAACACCAGAACUCAGGUUACCAGGGAGGCAAUAUCAGUGGUGUGUGAGGCAGUACCAGGUGCCAAAGGAGCUCAGCGAAGAAGAAAGCCCUCUUCUCGUUGUCUCUCCUCGAUAUUAGGGAAGAGUAAUCUCCAGUUUGCUGGAAUGACAAUCAGCCUCACCGUGUCGACCAGCAGUCUGAACCUACUGGCGAUCGACUGCAAGCAGAUUAUCGCCAACCAUCACAUGCAGUCCAUCUCUUUUGCAUCAGGAGGAGAUCCAGAUACAGCAGAGUAUGUUGCCUACGUCGCCAAAGACCCUGUCAAUCAGAGAGCAUGUCAUAUCCUGGAAUGCUCAGAGGGCAUGGCUCAGGAGGUCAUCAGCACCAUCGGCCAGGCGUUUGAGCUCCGCUUUAAACAGUACCUGAAGAACCCCCCCAAACUGGUCACCCCUCAUGAUCGGAUGGCUCCUUUCGAUGGGUCGGCCUGGGAGGAAGAGGAAGAGGACCUGCCUCCACCCCCAGAGGUUCCGUAUUACAAUAACUUCCCCGGUAAACAGCCUCCCCCCGGAGGCUUGGUUGACAUGAGGAGCCGUCCUGGACACAGUACAGGAGCCACGCUGCCCUAUGGACAGCCCAGCCAGAACGACAUUCACAAGCAGCCUCUGCCUCCUCUACCAGUGUGUGUUAAGGAGGGAGGCUUCCUUGAUGACCCUUCAUACGUCAAUGUGGAUAAAUCCCGCCUCCCAGCAGCAGCAGCCAAUGGAAAUGCUCACAAAGAUGCGUUCGACAUGAAGCCGUUCGAUGCUGCUUUAGGUGUGUCGGGUGCAGUGGCGCCCUCUCUGGCAGAGCAGCUGCAGAAAGAGCCCUGGUUCCACGGGCCUCUAAGCCGCAGGCAGGCCGAAAGACUCCUGACCAAGGAUGGAGACUUCCUGGUGCGGGAGUCAGGCACCACACCAGGCCAGUACGUCCUCACUGGACAGCAGGGCGGCCAAGCCAAACACCUGCUUCUGGUGGAUCCAGAGGGAGUGGUGCGCACCAAAGACCACCGCUUCGAGAGCGUCAGUCACUUGAUUAGCUAUCACAUGGACAACCGGCUGCCAAUCAUCUCGGCAGGAAGUGAGGUGUGUCUACAGCAGCCAGUUGAUCGCCGUGCUUGAAAAGAAAAAGUGUUCUCCACCACACAUUUAAGAGAAAAAACUCCUCCCUUUCCUACUUUUUUGCCAGACUCUAUUAGAGAAAAAAACUGUUUUUACAACUGGGAGUGUAAGCUAAUCAUAUAUUUACAGAAACCGCAUCAACCACCUCAAUCAUUCUACUCAAGGACUAAACGACAUGUCGCCUGAAAUACGCGAUUACAAAAAGCCAAACGCAGAUGCGUAAUGGAUGUGACAUCACUUCCCAAACACGACAUCAUAUCUUGAACCUGUAACCAUGGCAACAGGCCCGGGCAUUCUUCGAGUCGAGAGCUGAUGUGAAUGUACUGCAAUUGCAGAACCUUUGUAGCACUCUAAAGAUUCACAUCUGGUGCAGUGGGCCAAAUCCAAAGACUCAAGCUUCUUGUUGAUCGUAGAGCUUUUUGUUGCGGUCGUUUGGAAAUCUUGUGAGACUGUUCGAUGAAUAUGCAAAACUUUAAAGAGAAUACAGAGCUCAUUCUCCAAUCACAGACAUCGCCUUUCACAGCGAAUACGCAAUUCCCACCGGAAUCACUUUCCCAAUUUUCCCACCAAGGGAAACCACACAAAAUGCCUCUUAUUUCCACCUUCACAAUACCCUUUACAGAAUUCCGAGCCUGACCCCCCCCAAAAAAAAAUUUGGGAAUUUUGGUCAUUUGGAAAGAGCCCUGAACAUAUGUGAAAGCUUUAGCAGCACGGAUGCUGUGUGGAUUUUUCCUUAUGCAAAUGAGCAGGCGGUAAGAGGCACUUAUGCUGCCCGUUAUGAGAGACAACAAAAAAGGGAACGUUCCCUCUCCAUAUAUCAGCUUGGGACAAAAGGGACGAGAAAAAAAAGUGCAAUCAGUGGAUAUGGGAAUAGGACUGAAGGUCUGAGGUUUGAGAUCUGAUUGAAGCCUUCUUAUGAUGUAAUUUUAACAAAGAAUCUCUAUAUUUGUCCCGGUGAUGUCAUCUUGAUCAGCUGACGACAUCAUCGGGAUGGUUUUAUUCUGGGAAAUGGAGGCUCUAUUUUUCUUUAUCUUUUUCUUGUGGACAUCUGUUCACAUUGACAAUCGAUCUUCACGUGUAUCGAGGUGUCAGCUGCUUCUGUACGUUCGGAGACUUGAGUUAUAAGAGAAAGCGUAAGGAGGAGGAUAUGAUGUGUAUUAUAAUACAUGCAUCCUUUUUAGAGGUUCACUUUAAUCACUUUGAAUUUGAACAACACACCACCAGGAAGAGGAAAAGCACUCCGAAUUAAUUCUGAAGUUCAGUUUCUGUUGAAGCCACAAACAGGAAACCACUUUUUUUCAUCUUUGUUUGCUCUAAUAUUGAUUGUGCCUUUUUUUACCGAACACAGACACACCGAGAGAAAACAAACAAAAACAAAAAAACACAGUCACUUUUUGUGAUUCUAUAGGUAACCAUGACACUUUCUUUUCUGGAAAAGACACAACUGAAAAUAUAAUCAACUGCAAAAACGACUCAAGUAUAGUCCGGUUCAGUGCAGGUUUUGGGAAAGCAGUCUUCAUUUUCUUUGGCAUGUUAAUUCUGCUAUGCUGUUCUUAUUGUGCUGAGUUUAGUUCUGGUCUGUGGGUAUUCCAUUAUGUUGCUUAAACACUUUAUCUCUCUAUCUCUCAUUUAGAAACCAACAUUAGAUGCCCUGUAAAAGAACAUGUAAAUAAGCUUUGCCUGUGCUCAUAGAUCAUUACUCUGUGGAUCUGUGUCAAAUGGGAAUUUGCAAGCUCACAGGACUGUACUGGGUGAGAAAACAUAAAGGUGUAAGAUUUGACAUGCUCUUCUGAAGACAAUGCAAUCACUUGUUGUUUAUCACACAAAUCUAUGUAAAUGAAUGAGGAUUUGCUUAGAUGUACAAAGACCCUUAUCUGGAUGCAUUAUGAAUCUGAAAUGGGCAACGGUUUUAUUUUUAGUCUUUUUAAUGGAUGUAACUUGUAGAUUUUGAGUCCGUGGUCAACAUUCAUUUCACAUUAUAAAUCCAGAUGGAUCCCAGCCGCAACUGUAUGCGACCAGCCUUCAUGCUAAUGUGAGUUGUAGCCUGUUGUAAUUCAAAUGAAUGCAUUGAAUGGGUUUUUUAAUCAUUUGACGUCAGACUUUUUAUGUGCUGAUAGCAUCACGGAUCUGGCCCCUAACUGCUAAUGGAGUUUAAACAAAGUGUGUUUAUGAGUCUGUGUGUGUGGAUGCAUACAUACGCAGGGCUGGAAUGAUCUGGAACAAUCUAGCUUUUACAACUCUCACUCGCCACUAAACUGUUUGCUCAUUUUCAUAUUUCACAGCGGCCUUUUGUUGCAUGGAAACACUUCCUGUUAUUGUGGUAAUGAUGACUUUUGUGUUGUGGUUGGUUGGUUGCUAUUUUCUAAGCCAAAGGCUUUAUUCUUGUUUGCCUAUAUAUAUGUUGCUUCUUUUUUUAAAUACAUGUUUUUGAUUAUUUUAAUUAUUCUUUUUAUGUUGUUGUUCUUUGGGUAAAACAUAAUGUUUACACCUGUAUCAAAUGAUAGAUUACAUAUAAAAAAACAUAUAUCAUUCAC